AUGAGCCUCCCCGAGCUGGAUCCGAGCGUGACCCGACACUACCACCUCAGCGGCCGCCUGGGCAGGGGGGCCUAUGGCAUCGUGUGGAGAGCCACUGACCGCAGGACGGGGCAGGUUGUUGCUGUCAAGAAGAUUUUCGAUGCCUUCAGGAACAGAACAGAUGCUCAGAGAACCUUCCGAGAGAUCCUGUUUCUGCAGGAGUUUGGAGAACACCCAAACAUCAUCAAGCUGCUGGAUGUGAUCCGAGCUGAGAAUGACGAGGACAUCUACCUGAUCUUUGAGUCCAUGGAGACAGAUUUACAUGCUGUGAUUAAGAAGGGGAAUUUGCUGAAAGACAUCCACAAGUGUUACAUUCUCUACCAGCUCCUGAAAGCAACUAAGUUCAUCCACUCAGGGAACGUCAUUCACAGGGAUCAGAAGCCUUCCAACGUGCUGUUGGACGGGCAGUGCCAUGUGAAGCUGUGCGACUUCGGGCUGGCGCGGUCCCUGUGCCAGGGGCCCGAGGAGCAGCCCAGCCCUGCGCUCACCGAGUACGUGGCCACGCGCUGGUACCGCGCGCCCGAGAUCCUGCUGGGCUCCGCCAGUUACACCAAAGGUGUGGACAUGUGGAGCAUUGGCUGCAUUCUGGGAGAGAUGCUGCUCGGGAAGCCUCUUUUCCCUGGGACUUCUACAAUGAACCAAAUAGAGCAGAUCCUAAGAGUGAUCCCUGCCCCAUCCCCAGCAGACAUUUCAGCUCUGCAGUCAGAGUACAAAGCCUCAGUCAUCAACCACAUGAGCUCCCGGCAGCAAGUGACAUUCAAAGAGCUUUUCCCACCCUCUACUCCACCUCCUGCCUUGGACCUACUGAAGAAGCUCUUGGUGUUUAACCCUGCGAAGCGACUCACAGCAGAGGAGGCUCUGCAGCAUCCUUAUGUCAGCAGGUGA